GAAUUGUUAAAAGAAUGAUUGGUGGAUCUCAGGUUAAAAUUGAGGAAUAUCCAUUUAUGAUGGCCGUUUUACUUAACCAAAAUUCAAGUAAAAUGAAUAUCAUGUUUAUUGGAACUAGCACAUUAAUUACAACAAGAACUGCUUUGACAGCUGCUCACGUAACAAUUUAUCAUGCUGCUAAAAAUUUGAUUGGGAGUGUGGGACAUGCACAUAAGUUCCGGGGACGAAAAAUACAUUUUUCAAAUAAGAUUGAGCAUCCGAACUACGUAGCAAAAUAUUCUAAAAAUGACAUUGCAGUGUUAAUAAUACAAGACGAUACUUCUGAAUUCGAUAGAUUUAAACUUCCAUCAAAUGUCCAACCAAUCGCUUUGCCACGUGACAAUAAAACAUACACUUUUGAAAGAGGAUCAAUGGUUGGGUGGGGCAAAAUUGGACGAGAUAAAAAAGACGUAACCCCCUUCCUCAGAGCGGCAUAUUUCAAUAUAAUCAAUACCACCGAUAAAUAUAAAUCAAUGUCUAAACCAGUAAUUGUCGUACGAGAAGAAGGUGUAACCUUAAUGUUCGGUGAUUCCGGUAGCCCCCUUAUUUACGAAGCCAAUAACGGAAAGAAAAUACAAGUUGGUGUUGCAAGUACAGGUCAGGCACGUCCCGGUGGGAUUAACAACUUCAUGUCGACAAGUUACUUUAUUGACUUUAUAAGAGAAAACUGCGUAGGAGAAUUGACAUUUGUGUAA